CUGCCGCGGGCGGCUCACCCUGGCCCACAUGGCAACACACUGAUAGUGAAAGUUGGAACCCGGGAACACAGUACACAAACACUAGUGGUUAUACGUAGGCGAAUGUUGCUUUUUGGAUGCAUGAAAACUAACGUAUUUGUCAUGUGUUAAGAUAGUAUUGGAUCGGGAAGCCAAUUCCCAGAGGAGCUGAAGACAGCGCAGCGGAGGACAUCAGCUGAAGAACUCCUAACCCAGUAGACAACCUCCUCACCCUCCGGUGCCUCGCGAUGGCCCACGUCCACUACAACGCCUCCCGUGUGCGAGGCCUCUCCGUCAGGGACAUUAGGUUCCCAACGUCCCUCGAGGCCGACGGAUCUGAUGCCAUC